CUCCUGUACGAGCAACUAGUGCCUCCGUUUUCCCGCGUCGUGCACGACUCACGCACACGCGCCGCGCACACGUGUGUUUGCGGUGCACGGUGGUGACUUUUUGUGUCUGGUUUCCUGCAGCUGCGUGGAGAGAAGCAAGCGCCGGUCUACGGGCAUACGCAGCGCGUCCACAAAACCCCUCCCCCACUCAGUUAGUUAAGCCAGCGCUGGUUCACUUUUAUGCACACUUGUGGGGAAAAGGACUCCUGACCCCUAAUAACCUGAAAUGUGGUGUUUGAACAGUGUUCUGUGCAGAGCUGAGUGUGUCCUUGUGCACACACACACACACACACACACACUCUGUUUAUGCUCCGUGCUGUGCUCGGUUUGGGGUUUAGAGAGACCGAGCUGUAAGUAGGUCGGGCUGGGCUUAAGCGGCUUAGCUACGUCAGCCUAAGCUGGGAGGAAUUCAUCCAAAGCCCUCCGCGGUAGGCGGGGGCCUAAGCGAGGCUGGCCUAGUUAAGCCUGAUUCUUAUUGUGUGCAGCACAGCCUGUUUUUGUUGUGCAACGUAGCUGAGAGGGAACCCAGGAGUGCAGUGUGGAGCCAUGCACUUGUUAGUCGUAGCCUAUGUUUGAAUCAGAGAGCAGGCAGAAAUGUCUGGGAGUUAGACCAGUGUUAGUGUGGGCUGACAGCAGACAGCAGAGGCAGACAGGUGAGGAUCCACAGCUCUGAGUGUGGUCUCUGAACCACAGGCCCGGCUUGGUCUACGUGGGCCCACUGUGCUGUAAGAUGGCGUCCAGCUCAGUGUUUCUGUCCAGUAUGGUGGGCAAAGCUCGCUCCUCCAACUUCACGCUGUCUGAGAAGCUGGACCUGUUGAAGCUGGUCCGUCCUCACAUCCGCAUCCUGGAGGAGCACACCAACAAGCACGCCGUCAUCGUGGACAAGAACAAGUGCUGGGACACCGUGGCAGAGCAGUACAACGCCCUGGGAGGGGACCGGCCCCACCGCACCGCCCAGGGCCUCCGGACCCUCUACAAGAGGCUGAAGGAGUCGGCCAAGCAGGAAGUGAUGCAGCGGAGACACGCCCAGCCGGAGUACAGGGCCAGCAUCUCUGAGCCAACCAGGAGAAUCAUGGAGAUGAUCCCUCACCUGUUCCACCACGUGCCCAUUCACGAGAAGGACCAGGCGCUGCGCAGAUUAAUAUACAGCAAGCACAACUCUCCCAUCGAGCAUCCUGGCAGCAGCUCCUCUCUGGCCGGCCUCCAGGAUUACUCAGCAGCUGUCCCAAGUAUCCCCCAUGAGGUGGUCCAGCUGGACCCUGAAGAGGAUGUAAAACCUCCGCCAGACCUCCCCAUCCUCCCCUCGCACACAGGCCCGGGGCUGGACGGCGGCCCAGAGCGAGAGGGGGAGCAGGACUUGGGCAGCGUCCACGAUUACGAGGCCUCGCUGUCUCCGUCUCCCUCCUCCGUCAACAUCCCCCUGUCCACGUCGCCGCUGCCCUUACGCCACGACCUCUACCCCAACGACAUCUACCCUCACCACGAGCCCGACAGGUUCCGCCCGCUGCAGCUGGCCAAGGAGGAGCACGAGCUGGUGCUGGCCAAUCACAGGAAGGUGGCGCUGUACCUGGAGGAGAAGAGGGAGGGUCUGAAGAGGAAGCAGGAUCUGGAGGAAGAACUCCUGAGAGCCAAGAUUAAAGUGGAGAAACUGAAGGCUGCCCGGCUGAGGCACGGGCUGCCAAUUCCUCUAUAACAAGUACAAACUCGCACAUCUGUUAGAAAGGGAGAGGCUCUGAGGAGUUUAAAGUGCGGCAAUCAUCGGUUUUAAGUUUGAGAACUUAUUUUGGAAACAUAGUGCCUCGUACAGACGCAGAAAGCAGGAGAAUGCUGACUUUUAAGUUGCCAUCAUCAUUCCCACAGACAUCGAUAACACUGUGACAGGCCAAAAUGGGUAAAAUAACUGUGAACGUUUGGAAAGGAGUAUUUGUAGUAUUGGCUGUUUGUGAAGCUUUUCCUGUCUAAAUGUGCCACCAGUAUGUACUUGUGGGAGUGUUUGGGUCUUUAUUGUCCAAGAUUAUUGGAAAAAAAAUGUGAUAUAUGAGACAGUGAGAGUCUGCAGGGUUCAUAUCAGCGUGACUGUCGGCUCUUUGCAGAGAAAAUGUCCACCAAAUCUGGCAUUGGGUAAAAAAAUGUCUGGGUGUUUUCUUUCAGGCUUUCAACUCGCCAAACUAUGAUACAUUUUUAUGUAUGCAGGUUCUAAACGAGUACCAAACACCCCAGUUCACUACAAAGGAACGCGGCAGUGGAAAUUUUAAGAUUGGAGCAUAAAAAACACUUUUAACGGGUUUUAACUUACGAUGAUAAUGAUGCUGAACUGCAGCGAUCAGUCACACUUUUAAAUUCUUUGUCAACUACUUGGUCUGAAAACAAAGUCUAAAUUCUCUCCUUCUUAGACUCUGAAAUACGAGUUUUUUCCAGUUUCUUUCUUCUUCUAUGACAGUAAACGGAAUAUCUUUGGGCAAAACAAGACAUUUGUCAUCUUGUGGUUUGGGACAUUUUACAACCAAGAAAGUUAAAUAAUGAAGAGAUUAAUCGACUGAGAAAAAUCCUAAAUAAAGCCAACUUCUGUGAAUCAGUCAACAAUGUCCAAGUGUGAAAUUGUGUCUUGAUGGCCAGUUGAGUGAACAAAAGAAGGGAGAGACGCUGUUGGUUUUUGGUGUUCUUGCUAUUUAAUGUAACAUUGAUUGUAUUGUAACGUUGGUCUGUCUGUGCUGUUGGUUUCUCUCACAGUUUGUCCACAUGUUCACUUAUUUCUAUUAAAAAAAACAAGGUUCAUAUUA